CGAUAUUCGAAUUUAAAUGUCUCAUUUUUUGCCAAAACUAUGUCAUCUUCUGUCUCAUUCUGUCAGUCUGCGAACUAUCUGUGGUCCGUUUGUUUUCGUUCGUAGGGCUUUAGACUGAAAAACGCGUUGCUCUAAAAAUUACCUUGAAAAGAUGUGUGAAGCUAGCGAUCUAGACCGACAAAUUGAGCAGCUGAAGAGAUGUGAGAUUAUAAAAGAGUCAGAAGUUAAAGCCCUGUGCGCCAAAGCAAGGGAAAUUUUAGUUGAAGAGAGUAACGUCCAAAGAGUAGAUUCACCAGUCACAGUUUGUGGAGAUAUUCAUGGUCAAUUUUAUGAUCUGAAAGAACUGUUCAAAGUUGGUGGUGAUGUUCCAGAAACAAACUAUUUGUUUAUGGGUGAUUUUGUAGACCGUGGUUUUUACAGUGUAGAAACUUUUUUGUUGCUGUUAGCUUUAAAAGUUAGAUAUCCAGAUAGAAUAACACUGAUAAGAGGUAACCAUGAAUCUAGACAAAUUACCCAGGUGUACGGCUUUUAUGAUGAAUGUCUUCGGAAGUAUGGUUCCAUUAUGGUUUGGAGAUAUUGUACUGAAAUUUUUGAUUAUUUAUCUCUAUCAGCCAUUAUUGAUGGAAAAAUAUUCUGUGUACAUGGUGGUUUGUCUCCUUCCAUACAGACUCUUGACCAAAUUAGGGUAAUUGAUAGGAAGCAAGAGGUUCCUCACGAUGGGCCUAUGUGUGAUUUAUUGUGGAGUGAUCCUGAAGACACUCAAGGAUGGGGUGUUUCUCCUAGAGGCGCGGGGUAUCUUUUCGGUUCUGAUGUUGUUGCCCAAUUCAAUGCUGCCAAUGAAAUAGACAUGAUAUGUAGAGCCCAUCAACUUGUAAUGGAAGGAUACAAAUGGCAUUUCAAUGAGACUGUAUUAACUGUUUGGUCGGCACCUAAUUAUUGCUAUAGAUGUGGAAAUGUCGCCGCCAUCUUAGAACUGAAUGAAAAUCUACAAAGAGACUUUACAAUAUUUGAGGCUGCACCUCAGGAAGCUAGAGGUUUGCCUUCAAAAACACCACAGGCUGACUACUUUUUAUAAUGUAAAUUCUUCUGUCUGUAGCAUAGUGUUCUACAUUUAUCAAUACAAUUUUUUUUAUUGAAUGUGUAGCAGUGGAUUGAAUCCAAAUGCUAAAUUUCCUUAAGAUCAGGGAUGGUUGUAUGGAGAUUAUACCAAAUUUUCGAGCAUAUUCUUGUUCUACGUUGAAAAUUUCACGUGGAGUCCCUCUAAAGAGUUGUGAAAGUAAUAUGUAUUAGAAAAUUCGAACUACUAUGACAUUAUUAAUAUUAUUUGAUGACUCGAUACAUAAAUUGUAAAAUAUUUAUUUACCUUGUAUUUUUUCAUUAAAUAUUUGGAAAUUUUUC